UGUCAGCUGUCAGUAGCCGUCAAUUUCCCUUCCUUACUUCCUUUUAGUCAUUAAAUUAUUUUCGAGAUAGUAUUUUUAUCUUAGUAGUACACUAUUGCCAUGAUUUCUUUUUGUACUUUGGUCAUGAUUUAAAUUAAAGUGUAAUUUAAGAAAUUAGUCUUCUAAUACAGGAUAAUGGUUGUUAUACAAGAUAAUAAGAUGGAUUUCGAAGCUAUAGGUGAUCAAGAAUUGGGCCUUGAUAAGCCUCCUAAAUUAGGCCUAAAAUUAUUAUUAAACCAUAAAUUUCCUAUUAAAAGUAAACAAAUAAUUAUACCCAGACCUAAGCAAAUGUUUGAAAUGAUGCCACUUACAGCAAGGUAUCUAAAGUAUUAUGUAGGGAAAAGAAUACAGAAGAAACGUCCAAUAAUGGACUAUGUAAAUAUGAUUUCAGCACAAAGGAUGUAUGGUUGUCCUAUAGGUGGUAUAGGAGGUGGUACAAUUGGCAGAGGGUUUAAAGGUGAAUUCUGUCGAUUUCAACUGUUCCCUGGUAUAUAUGAAUAUGUAACAGUACCAGAAUGUCAGUUUAUUGUUAACAUAAGAGAUGCCAAAAAUGAAACAAUAUAUCAAUCUGUUUUAUCAACUUAUAAGAAACCAAAAAAGGCACCUGCAAGUUGGGAAUGGAAUCUAAAAGGUUCAGAUUGUGAAUACACAGCCCUGUACCCUCGAGCAUGGACAACAUAUGACUUGUCUAAAUAUGGAAUUAAAUUAGUCUGCAGACAAAUAUCACCUGUGAUACCUCAUAAUUAUAAGGAUAGCAGCUUACCAUGUGCAGUAUUUGUGUUUUCUGCGACCAAUGUGUGUGAGGAGCAUCGUGAUGUGAACAUUACAUUUACUUGGACUGAAGUUUUAGGAGGUCCAAACAAAAAGAAGAAUAUUGGUAAACUAGAUUUAGAAAGAUAUUCAGAAGAAUAUAGUUGUGGUGUAACUUUGGAGCAGAAGGUAGCAGACAUUACGUGCGCCUUUACCAUCGCUAAACGGAAAUGUGAGAACGAAUCCAUUCACCAAGGUUACUGUUUGUGGAAUUCUACGAAAACUUCUUCAUAUGUAUGGGAUUGUUUGAAGAAGAAUGGCAAACUACAACCCGAUCCGAGUCUCACUCCGUCGCCGCCAAAUGUGAACGAUAAAAAAACAGAGGCCGAUAAUAAAAAUAAAAAGAAAGAAAAACCUCAGAAAAUUUAUAAAUGUGAUUCUCUAGGGCUCUCUAGUUGUAUAAGUCUGGACCCCGGAGGAGUGGGUUCAACAGAAUUUGCACUUGUCUGGGACAUGCCUGUGAUAAAGUACAAAAAUGAUAAGAAAACACAUAAAAGAUAUUAUACAAAGUACUUUGGUAGCGAUGCAAUAGCCGGAGCCAGCAUAGCUGCUUACGCUUUAAGAAAUUACGAAAACUGGGAAAAACAAAUUGCUGAAUGGCAGGAUCCAAUUUUGUCAAAUAGCAACAUCCCAGACUGGUUGAAAAGUGCCUUAAUGAACGAGCUUUAUUUUGUCGCUGAUGGAGGAACUAUUUGGUUUGACGUCCGAGAUGAAUAUCCUGAAACAGAUCCUAGGCAUGAAUUUGGCGUUUUCGGAUACUUGGAAGGUCACGAGUACAGAAUGUACAACACAUAUGAUGUACAUUUCUACGCAUCUUUUGCGAUAGCACAACUCUGGCCAAAUUUACAGGUUGUCCUGCAGUAUAUGUUCCGAGAUUCGAUAGCUUUGGAGACGGCGAAAUGCAGACAAUCUCUAUACGAUGGGAAGUCUGUUAAAUUUAAGAUCAAGGACUCCAUUCCGCACGAUUUGGGCGACCCAGAUGUGAGAUUUGCUAACAAAUUAAGGCUCAAGUGUAAAGCUCUACAAAGUUCAGUCGACAGAUAG